UUAGUGGUAACAGUGGUUAAUUAAAUGAUGAUAAAAUGGUUGUUGUUGCUGUUCGGCUUACAAUAUAAAGAAAGAAGUGACCGAUUUAUUCAUUAAGGAUAUUUUUCCUCAUCGCACGGUAAAAGAUGCUUUCAUUUUAUUCAACAGCGUUUUAUAACUCAGGAUGCUGGAUGCUUUGGAAAACCUUGAUCUUUAUAGAGUUGUAGAUGGAACAAUAUCGUGGCUGUAGAACAAUUUAAUAAUUGCACAUAAUAAUCGCAAAUAUUCAGAGCGUUUUGGCUUGGCUUUUCCGCACCUAAGUAGGCUACAAUACUAAAUACUAAAGACUAAAGCACAGAUGUGUCCUAAUCACACCUCUGCCCGGAAAGUUCACGUGCACGGGAAAGUGCUUGACCACACGCCAGGUCCUCCCCCUUGCGUUGUAGUGGAGGAGGAUUCAGUCUAUAUAAAGUGUAGACCGAAGUGAAAGACCAGAAUAACCAGAGUGCGCGAAAGCUGAAACGAUGACUGUUGGCUCAUCAUCCUCCAUAGUCAGAAGGGUAUCACCUUCUAAGUCACGAUUCUCCAAAUUCAAAGCAAGCCUAUCAAUUUUUAAAAGAAAUAACAAUACUCAGGAAGACAGCAAAUCUGAAGAGGUUAUUUUAACUUUUGAGCAGAACCUACAUCAGCAUCACUUUGCAGUGGCAGGGAAGCAGCUGAUAUGUCGAGAGGAGGAUUUGUUUGCACUAAACAGGAAACAACAAGGGAUGGGCACCAGCAAGAGCAUGUUGGAGGAAGACGAACUAAAUAAAGACUUUGAAGAACUUUUAGAGAAAAUGAUGUCAACAGUUGAGAACUCUUUAAAUGUUGAAACUAACGAAGACAUAGAAUUUCUAAAAGAGGCAGUCCAAGCCAUCGACCAAGAGGAGGAACAGGACAGGAGAUGGGAAGGGGCUGCAGAAAACGAACGUCCUCCAUGGAGGCCCAGGUGUUGCAGACUGAACCAUGAUGGCCGGCUUCAGAGUAUGGUUAUGCGGCGGAUGGAAGAGGCAAAAAUAGAUUCAAAUGUGAACAUUACAUCUUCAGUUCAAUUAGAGAUCACCGCCAAGGGUAAACAACUAAAAGAAGACCUGCUAAAAAUAGCAAAGAAUAUUAUGAGCUGCUACCCAAAAGAAAAUAUAUGCCAACUAUAUGCAGAAAUAUACCAUCAGGUAUUUAGUGACAAGCUCAGGGAAAUUGCUGACUAUGGACUUGCUGAUGAUGACUGCAUACAUAUACUUCAGUGGGUGAACAAUCACUACCCUAAGAUUCUGAGGCAUGAAGAGCUCUCUGGGCUGAUUGAAUUUGAACAUCUUGAUCCAUUGCUCCCUGGUGAUAUCCUUGAGCAGUUGGAAGAUCAGUUUUUGACCAUUCAAGAGAAUAAGCUGCAGACUAUGUGUCAGGCAGCCUUGAAUACUGAGAAGACAGCUAUUCCUGAAGUGAUGGAUAAUUGCUAUUUAAGCCAUCUGGCCACUGAUGUGAUUCAGUGUGUCCAUGGUCUUUUAACCACAUCGAAGGAUGUGCUGGGCUCUUGGUCAAAAAUUCCGAGAAUCACACAUGAGUUAAAACAAUUUCUUAUUAAUUACCAGCAAUACCUUGAGAAAGUGAUUGAAGAUAAUCCAGUGAACGCUGAUGCUGUAUUGAAGGCCAACCUACCCUGUAUCAGAGCUUUCAUGAAUUACAUAAUGGAAUCCAGAAUGACGAAUCCAGAUCCCUUCCCUCAACACAUCAAAAAUGACUGUAUAGAUCUUCUGACCCAGAUGAGAGACACUUGCCACAGUUAUUUCACCGAACCGAUCCACAAAAAUCUCAAGAGGACUUACUCCAAACUGGGUACCCAAGCAUGGAUUAAACACAAUGAACAUGUUUCUAGUGAAUUACUUAAAGGGGUGGAUAGACACAUUAAGGAAAUCAGAAAUCUACAUGAAGCCUGCCUUAAGGAGUUGGUCAGCAAGCUUCAUGAAGAAGUUUUGGCUAAGUAUGUCAAAAAAAUGAUGAAGAAGAAGAUCAAAUUUAAAGAUGUGAAGAAACAACAGCAGGCAGCCGAAGCAUUGCGCAACAAUAAUCAGAAAAUACACACUCUGUUUACUGAGGCUGGAUCAAACAUGAAGGGCCUAGAAGACAUCUUGCCCAAAUUAGCUGAAGUGCUCACACUAAAUGAUCCAGACUGCAUUGAAUUUCAGCUGGUCACACUCGCUAACAUUUACCCAGACCUCAGUGAAGCCCACGUCUCUGCUUGGCUACACCUCAAGGCAAACCUCUCUAACUCCCAACUCAAAAAAAUUAAGAAGACCUUCGCUAUGAUGCAUGCUCAAAGAGAAGAAAGCACAGUAGAUGGCCAGGAUCCCUAUCAUUCAUGCAGGAAUUUCUUCUCCAAAGUUACCAUUAAGUGAUUCGCUGUAAUACUGUAAAAUACCAAAUGUUCUCAUGCUGUACGUUAUAUUUAUGGUGCUUUAUGCAGUGUCGUGUGCAAUGUGAAAUGAAGAAGCUAUAAUGAUUUUUUAUGUAAAUAAAAACUAGAUAUUUUUUAUGUAAAUAAAAAAGUAAACGUUUCUGCAUGGUGUAUUUGUU